AUGCCACCAAAUACUAGAUAUGUAUUUUUGGGUGACUAUGUUGACAGAGGCGAAUACUCAGCAGAGAUCGUAAUCCUAUUAUUUGCUCUUUACAUAAUGUAUCCAUACUCUAUUGUUUUACUUCGCGGCAAUCACGAAUAUAGAAAUGUUAAUUGCAAUUAUGAAUUCAAAAAGCAAAUACUAGACGAAUUUGAAUCAGAGAAUUUCUGGGAGCUUUUCAAUAAUGCCUUCGAAUACUUACCAAUUAUUUGUACAGUUAACACACACAUUGUGUGCUUACAUGGAGGCAUUAGCGAAAAGUGCAUGGAUUCGGAAGUAUUUACAAGUCUCAAAAACGGCUUUAAGUAUUCCUCUAAAGCGGAAUCUAUGAUUGAAGAUAUUGUAUGGUCUGACCCAUCAAAUGUGAUAACAACCUAUGGAUCAAAUCAACGUGGCCGUGGAGUUGUUUUCGGCCAAGUCGCCCUUACUGCCUUUCUAAGACAAUAUAACUAUGAAAAGAUGAUUCGAGGUCAUGAAGCAGUUGAUGGUAUUUCAAAGAGCUUUAACAAUACCUUGAUUACUGUUUUCUCAACAUCAGGCUACUCAGCGUAUCAUGGCGGCAUUGCAUAUAUAGCUGAAGAUUUAGAAGUCCAAACCAAGAAACUUCCAUUAUCACAUUACAAUAAAAAGGAAGAAAGCUCAUUUUUCGACGUAGUAGUUCCAACAAAUAACACAGAAGAAAAACAUAUGACUUUGAAGUCCAUUAUGACUAAUGGAUCUUCUCCAUAUUUCAAACAGUCACAGAUCACGAUUUCAACGGGUGUUAAACCAUUACGUUCGGUUCGAAGUUCUGGAAGUUUCUUGGCUCUAAGGAAAACGCUUGCAAUAGUUAAACCAAAAGUACAGCAAUUACAAUCAAUUACAGAGCAAUAG